GAGAGACGGCGACCAGCCGCCGACUGACUCACACUCUGAAUCGGGGGAGAGAAAGAUCAAACCGCCGGCCGGCCGACCGAGCCAUGUGCUGGGGCGGACUGUAGCGCAGUACCACCACACCAGAAGAUAGGAUUCUGGAAUUUUAAACUUUAAACUGCCGUAGAAAAGCAGCACAGCUAACUUGUUAAAGUAGCAAGCAGUUGUUAGAAUUGGCGCAAAAACAACAGCAGUUACUUUAGUUAGGCAGUAACACUCAGCAGAUUCCGUACCUGAAACCUUCUUUUGACGGCUACUCUGGGCACAAUGUAUCGAUCCACGAAGGGAGCGUCUAAGGCUCGGAGGGACCAAAUUAACGCAGAGAUUCGGAAUCUGAAGGACCUGCUGCCGAUCUCCGAUGCGGACAAGGCUCGACUCUCCUACCUGCACAUCAUGUCGCUUGCCUGCAUGUACACAAGAAAAUCGGUCUUCUUCUCUCAAGAAGCCACGAUGGCAGGCUGUCAUGAAGAGAGCGCAAAGUACCUGUCCUUCCAGGACUUAUCGGAGGUGGUGCAGGACAUGCCAGGGUUCUUACUUCUGCUGACUGGGGAGGGAAAACUGCUCUACCUGUCCGACAGCGUCACCGAACAUCUCGGACAUUCUAUGGUGGAUCUGGUUGCCCAGGGUGACAGCGUGUACGAUAUCAUUGAUCCUACCGACCACUUUGUCAUGAGGAGCAACCUGGUCCCUUUAACUUCACCUGACACAGAGCGUUUGUUCCGCUGCCGCUUCAACACCUCCAAAUCGGUCCGUAGACAGAGCGCCGGAAACAAGCUGGUGCUGAUCCGGGCACGGUGCCUGUCCCCUCCUUUCCCCGCCUCCUCACCCGCCUCCUAUUGGACCUCCAACCCGGUGUGGGUGUGUUUCUGCUCUCCCCUGGAGCCCCACCCACCCCAACCUCUUCCUAUGGGAGAGUCCGUCCUGACCCCGCCUCCUGACCGCACCUUCUUCCUGGCCUGCUUCCACUCCCAGCACAGCCGGGACAUGAGACUGCAGGAGGCCCAGGACAGUGUGAGUGUGUACCUGGGCUUCGACGUGGCGGCCCUGCGCUCGCGCUCCUGGUACAGCCUGCUCCAUCCACAGGACCUCUCACACGCCUCCGCACAGCACUGCAGCCUGCUCCGUGAAGGAGGGGAAGGGCGGGUGGAGAUGGUGGUGAGGGUGGAGUCAGCUGACAGCUCGUGGGUGUGGCUCUACAUGGUCCUACAGCUGGAGGCAGGGAAACACCCAAUCAGCAGCCACAACUACGUCAUCAGUGAAUCGGAGGCCUGGUCGGUGCGACAGCAGCUGUGCUCGGAGCAGACCAAGCUGACCCUGGCCCUGAGUUCGCUGCAGUCCCCGGACACGCUGUCCAGUCCGGACCAGGUGUUCACGCCCAGCAGCAGCGGCCUGUCCGGGCAGUCCUUCGACUUCAGCGUCAGCGUCUGCGGCACCGGCUCCUCCGAGGAGCUAGGGGGCGCUGCCGGGGAGUCCUCCCGCAUGGAGGGCGACCCUCGCUCCAGCCUGUCCUCGCUGGAGGAGGAGAGCCUCUUCCAGCAGCAGCCCGCCGGCCCGGCUCCCAGCCCGGCCAGCUCCACGUCCUCCACCCCGGUGACUGUUGCCACCGUGUCCGACCUGGACUUCCUCACCCAGAACAUCUUCCUGCCCCCGUCCUUCCCCCUCGACCCCCCUCUGCCCUCCCUGCCCCUGCCCCUGCCCCUGCCCCCCAUCUCCGCCUCCAACCCCCAGCAGGGGAAGGAGAUCGUCUGCACCCCUCCGUACACCCCCCAGCUGGGCGGGGGGAGCUUCCUGUUCGGAGAGCCUCUCUUUAGCUUAGACCGCAGUGGCACCACCUCCCCGUCACAGCCCGGUAUGGCCAUGGCCCCCUCCGCCCCCACCGAUUCUCCCCCCGCCCCCGCCGUGACAACAGCCGGCAGCCCCGCCCCCAUGACCCAGUCCACGCUCCUCCCCCUGACCCUGUCCCCGCCCUCCUCCGAGCUCCUGUUUCCGGGGGAACCGUGCGGCGCCGGGCUGUACGAGAAACUGCCCCCCACCCCCGACAGUCCCGGGGACGGGGAUUGCACGGUCAUGACCCUGCCCGAGGUCCGGGGCCCGCUCUACGUGGACGUGCCCCUCGGGCCCCUCCCGUACCCCCCGGAGGGCCUCCUGACCCCCGAAGCCUCGCCCGGAAAGCAGUCGGGCAUGGCCUUCUUCUCGCUGGAGAGAGAGCGAGAGAAAGAGAGAGCCGAGAUCUCCCUCCUGGUCCAACACCUCAGCUCGUUGGCCGAAGGGUUCUACCCCGACCCCCUCCUCCCGAAGUUCUCCCCCUCCGUGGUCACCUCGUCCCCCUCCUCCCCCUCCCUCUCCCCGUCUCUCCCCGCGGCCGAGCCGGCUGUGGAGCCCACCCCCAUGAUGGACGACUUCUACACCAUCAAGCCCUGGAGAGGCCUGGACCUUCCCCUGCUCCCCGACGACAUCUCUCUGUUUGAAGAGAGUCUCUUAGAAACCCUGCUCCAGGACCUCUCCACCUCUGCCUCCUCCACCCCCUCCCCCUGCCCGUCUUCCCCCACCCCCUCCUGCCCCCCGCCCUCCCCCCCCACCCCGGUGUACUGGCACCCCCCCUCCCACACCGAAGGGGGCUCCGCUGUGGGCCUCAGCCACUUCUGUAGCGUCCAAUCGGCGCACUGUAACUGCGCGGCCGGGGGCGGGCUGACAGCGGGCGGCGGCGUGGGCGUGGCAGGGGCCGGGCUGGCGGAAGCGGGGGGGAUGGAGAUGGACAUGGAGGUGGAGGUCUCCUCCUCGUGCUCUAUCCCAGAAUCCCCCCCUCUGCUCAUAACCGCCUCCCCGGAGUCCAGCCCUGCCGCGGCCCUCGGCCCCUCCGCCCCCGGCCUGCCCUGCGCCCAGUCCCUCCUGGAGGAGCUGGCCGCCCUGGAACCCGUGUUUGGGGCAGGUGCCUCGAUCGCCCCUGACCUGGGGCAACAACCUGAGUUGUAUCAACUCCAAUGCCACCCGCCGCAACAGUGCUUCCAUGAAGAUGGGAGUGGAAGUGAUCCUCCGUUCUAAAAUAAGUCUGUGACUUACUUCAUUAAGUAUGGCAUAUUGUCAUAUUUCGUGGAGCUACUUUUACUGAAAAGUGAAGAAUAUUUACUGUAUAAAUAUAUACAUAAUGUAUAUAAAAGCCAAACGGACAUUUACUUAUCUACCGUACGUCUGACGAACAAAGAUUGUCUUCUAAUUAUGUUGAUUUAUUUAUCCAUGUAUUUAUAUUUCGAUUAUGGUGCAACAUUAUGGCUGUGCGGAUUUGAGCGUGGCCUGAGUUUUAGUUCAGUCUGUGUCACAUUGCGUUUCUGUAACGAGCUUUUGUUUCGAGCAGAGACAGAGAAUGAGAUCUCUGACCAUGUAAGCGCAAUUCAACUUACAGAUGCACUCGUAUUCACUUGUAGUGAGGAACUUCUAGUGUGAACUUAAAAAAAAAACAUGUUUUUCCUUGCUCUCGAGAAGAAACAACACCGCCAUUUUACUGCUCAAAGCUUGUGAUGCAGCAAUACAAACACAAAGCACAAAUGUUGUGAAAGACAGUUAUCGAUCUUAACAGAUCCCCACCGGGGCGCUAGCCACAGCAACCCGGCCCACUUCAAUGGGACUCUUCCCAUCAGUGGGCCCACCUGCCAAUCAAAAACUUGAUGCCGCUGUCAAAAUGCACAAAUAUCGCAUCCAGCUUUUGUACCAGUAUGAAAAUCCAAGCUUAAUUUGAUACUUCAAAUGCCUUUGAGCUUUGAGUUUGUGGCUGCAGCUUUUCAACAUUUGACUUGUGGUUACUUACUCAUUUCAGACUCGUUUUUAUCAAUGUGCUGUACAAAUGUUUCUUAAUACGUGAAGUACAUGUACCAGUAUGUAUUGAAGGAAAGGGGAGGCGCAUCACGUUUGCCACGCUACGUCUGCAGUGGAAACCUCUGAGAGCCUCUCCCUUUCGUAUACAUUUUUCGUGUAAAACAGAGAAUGACGUUACCUAGUCUGUGUGCAGUUUUAAAAGGCAUGCGGCACUGGGGAAACGGCCUGUACAUUCGCUUCUGUGUCCGGCGCCCGGGGAGCCGAGUUCAUGGCCCUCUGGCGGUAAGUCCAACGGGAUGGGGUAGACGCGGCUACGACAGGGUAUUGCGACGUCCACAUUCGCAAAUGCUCGCGAUAUCCAGCGGCCGCCAUUCGCCCAGAAACCCACGACUUACUUAUGGAAUUCUACUUAUUAUCUAGCUGUAGUGCCCAGUGUGAACACACAACAGUGCGACGCCAGACAGUAACCCAGUAAAAACCUUGGUAACAUUGCAGCUGGCUUACUGUGUAAGGUGUCUCGGUCUGGUAACAGGUGUCUGAAUGUAUGAGUGAUUCUUCUUUUUAAAGAGGGGAAAUAUCCAAAGUUACAAGAAGUUUUGUUUUAAAAAAUGAGCUGGAAAAUAGGGAUGGGUACUAUUUCUAUUCAGUUACUAAGCGACACGGGUUGAGAAUGGUUCUAUUCCCAUGGUGUCGACACGCUAACGUAGAGUUGUCUACGGUAAAGUAAAGGAUUGAUUCCUACGUUCUAUCUAUUUAACUGAUAAAAUGUUUAAAAGUAUACUAUUAAUAAUAAUGUGUGAAUUGAAAAAUGAAUGCUGUUCAAUCAACUUGCAUAUUUCUUAUUUCUAUUGAUAUGUGUAUAAGAUGUAUAGCGAUUAACAUUGUGGAAUGAAGAGAUUGUAUACAUUUGUAUAUUUCUAUAAAUAUAUCUAUCUGUACAAAGACAUUUUUAUUAUACAAGAACAAUACAUACAUGAGAUAUGAUAUUUAAUAAGAAUGGACAUUGUGGAUCAGUGUUCUCUUGUGUUGCUGAUAAGUGUAUUUGGUUGUCAAAUGCAUUUAUAUUAAAGUGCACUUAAGGAAGUGAAA